CGGGGCUCCGAUUAUCCUUGCGGGUCAUUUGAACCUAUCAGAUUUUUCUAGUAACACAGACCACUGUGCGAUGUCUCUGGAAUUCCUCACUGUUCAUCCGCACUGUUAUAGAUAUCUCUGGAGCUUCCCAUUGUUCACAAUCAUUUCAGCUGCAUCUAAUUUCUCUGAAUAAAUAUCGCGUCAAUUUAGCAGCGUCUAAUUUCAAGCAAGCGUAUUAAUCGGCGCGAUCCUCGGCGACGGUGAGCUAAAGCGGAGCUUCUUCCAUGGCGGAGACAUCGGAAAAGCAAGUGAUGGUGGUGGCGAUCGACGAGAGCGAGCACAGCUCCUACGCUCUCAAAUGGACUCUGGAUCAUUUCUUCAAGCCUGUACCCAAUCCUCUGUUUAAGCUUGUUCUUGUUCAUGCCAAACCUUAUGCGACCUCCAAACUCGGCAUCACUGGGCCCGGAAUGGCUGAAGUUUUGCCCAUUGUUGAUUCGGAUUUGAAAAGGACGGCCGCCAGAGUUGUUGAAAAAGCUAAAGAGAUUUGCCGCAAGAAAUCGCAGGUAACUGAUGUAGAAGUGGCAGUAAUAGAAGGUGACCCAAGAAAUGUGAUUUGCGAAGCCGUGGACAAACAUCAUGCUUCCAUAUUGGUUGUUGGAAGUCAUGGUUAUGGAGCUAUAAAAAGGGCGGUGUUAGGAAGUGUAAGUGACUAUUGUGCUCAUCACGCUCACUGUACUGUGAUGAUCGUGAAGAAGCCUAAAAACAAACACUGAUAAUCUUUCUUUGCCUGCCUUUAAAUGCUUCUCAUUUGUACAUAUAAAGUGACAAUACUUUUCGCAAAAAACGAAUCCAAUGUAACGCAUGUUAGUAUGUUACAUUCUA